AUGCGCUCUCGGCACGCUUGCGCGUUUGGGGCAUCCCUGCAGCUGCUGCUGCUGCUGCUCGCAGCAAUGAGUGUCCACAAAGCAGCAGCAGCAACAGGAGCAGCAUCAGCGAUUGCGGAUGGGAGCCAUGGGAUGAAAGUCGUCGUCCUCGAGGAAGGGUGCACCCCGUUCCCCAUGCCUCCCGACCGCACGUGCUCGGGGCCACGGGGGCCUGGGCACCCCUCCGUGUCCGUCUCCCCCGAGCGGCCCUCCCAGCUGGGCAGGGACGCCCUGCGGCUGAGUUGGAGUCCCAGUCCGCACAGGCACCACCGCCUCAAGGGCUUCCAGGUGACGCUGCUUGGCCUCACCGGAGACAUGGGGCGCUGGACCUGCUGGGAGGUGCUGCUCAGGAAGGUGCCUCCGGACACCCAGUUCCUGCUCACCUCACACGACCUGCGGCUGGGGGUGAACUACAGCAUCACCAUCCAGACACUACCCCCUGCUGGCGUCGACUGCCCACAGAACAGCCACACGACGGUCCACUACCACACCCGCAGCUGCGAGGAGAUUUUGAGUCUUGAAGGCCCGAGCCUUGAGGACUUCUGCAUACCCGAUUGGAAACCGGCGCAGGUGAACGCCUCCGUAGACGGUUCGACCGCGACGGUGAAGUUCUGGGUCGCCACGCCCGUACACCGGGUGCGCAGGUACAACCUGUACCUGGGCAAGCCUCCCGAUAGCGACGUGCCCGACUUCUACGCCUGGUUCCCCAGGAUCUUCGCCAUGGCCACCGUCCAGGGGGAACAGGUGAAUGAGAAGUUUGCCUCUCACACAUUCAGAGAUCUGAAGCCUGGCGAUUAUACUGUGCAGGUGGCUGCCCAGAAAGUGGAUGCGAUUCGCAGCAAACCGACCCUCUUCACAAUAUCCGAGGCGCCAGAGACUCCACAGGCGCCGCGUGCCGCCACCGCGAGCGCCGCUCCGGGCGGCAAACGAGAGCGCGAGAAGUGUGCGGAGGAGAAGGGGCUCCUGGGCAAAAGCGGUAGCGGCAGCCGGGACGAAGUGUCCCAGCUCAAAAAGGAGAUAAAAAAGCUCAACAUUCAGGAGUCCGUAGAGAACAACGCAGCGGCCGUUAAGCACAGUCGGCAGCACGGUGCCCAGCGGCUUAGACGCUGCGUUGCCCCGAAGCGCCGCCCGCUGCCCUACGGACCAUGAGCAGCUCUGCUUCGUUUCUGGAUUUAACGAGCGGCACGCUUGAGCGAGACGGUAAAGCGAACGACGGCUGUGUGUGCACGUUCACAAUGUCACAGUCCCGACUCUCUCAUUUUUAGUGCGGUGUUCAUUUUCCCAGCGUUAUGGAGAUGUCUAUAGAUAUAUACAGAGAUGUCAUAUAAAUAAUGUCGUGUAGAGAGGUGGCUGAGAGGGCUUAUAAGGACUGUUUCGGAGCACUGGGUUUGCAUCUGGGUUUCAACCACCUGUGAUCUCACCAGGUUCUAAAGCGUAAUAAAUGAAACGAUCACUGCCCGGUAACCGAUAAUGUCAGGCAAAAUAUGAAUUUCGUUUGUAAUUUUGACAAAAUUUGUAAAUACGUCGGAUUACUUCUUCGUAGGGCUCAUGCUGCUGUAGAGCAACAACUGCACUUUUGCAAUGAGGGUGGUUGAGCCAGGCGAUUGCGUCCGGAGUUGUAUCACUGUGACUCUGCCUCCUCCUUCCUCGGACAUCGAGUCGUCGUCGUCGUCGUAUGUUCUGGGGGAGCACCGUCACACACCGGACAGUGUAUCCGGGUGGAUGACUUGUGGAGAAUCAUUAUUUGCAGAGAGCACUGCCAAGCGUGAGGGUCGGGCAAGGGAGAUCAGGGCAAGGGGCUCCAGUCACGAGUUCGAGCAGCACGCUCCUCAACAAUUAUACUCUGCUCCUGCUGGUAUUAAAUGAACACCCUCGCCUGUUCAUUUUGUACCAGUCCGUUUAGCGUGUAGUCUCUAGGCCGAGACAAUUAGCACUGUGGCAUUGUGAAUCGCAUCCUACGCAACACCAAAGCUGAGCUUACCGCUGAGAACGGCCGUGAGAGUCGCAGUAAUCGCGGCGUUCCUUCACGGCUUGAUGGGUGGGGCCACGAUGUCAGUGGUAUUUCGUUAGCUUUUAUUUAGUUGUCGUUGUUGUUAAUACCAUACAUUAAUAGUGCGUAAGAGGUUCUACUCCUAAAAUAGUUGUGUUUUAACGUACAUUAAGAUUUUACGUGGUAAGAGUGAAUUUCUUUAUUUUUUAAGGAUUUGUUUUACGGGAUUUGUGUAUUUGCCCCUCGGAGCCCAAGGUUUUAAAAAUCUUACUGUAAAAGGGCAUGAGAAUUGCGAAAAAGCUUUGUAUCAAAGCAUAAAAACAACAAAAAUGCUGUGGAAUGCUCCUCUCAUUCACAGCCACCCACUUCUGUCAGUACGAAUGAGAUGAUCCUAAACAGACACGCAAAAUGUGAUUGUUGGACAUGGAGUAAUGUCACGUCCCACAGCUCACGAUGAGUGCACACGCACGCUGGGGGGUUACAGCGGCGAUCUUCUCAACGAGAAGCGCUUGCUCGUUCGUGGCCGUCUUCCGAGGCGCUCGGAGCACGGUGAAUGUUGACGCUGUGUGUGGACUCCCCCUCGUGUGCCACUCAGAGCACUGAGCACUGAGCCAUCCCUGCUGAGAUCCCACAUUCAGAGUCCAGUCGUCCCACUGAGCAUACACGACACUGCCUAUGCCGUAGUUUGUGGUGCAUUUGUUGCAACUGGAGUUGCCAGUCACUGGGUUCCCAAAGUCCAUUUGACGCCGACUGUACGUUGUACUUUUUGGUUGGUAGAAUAAUUGUUACGGCAUUAUCACCGUAGCCCAGGAUUGUAUUCUCCACGGUGCGUUACGUUCAAGAAAUUUCCAAAGCAGCAGGGCGUAGCGGCUGAGAGAACUCAUGCUGAGAUGCUGGGUUCACAUCCCAUCCACAUGUACAAUAGAUUAUUAAAUCAUUAGCUUUCAAGUGUGUCGAAUGUGUGUAUGUUGAACUUCUUUCACACCGUACGUAGCCAACCCCGCUAAUUGGAGGUGUGGGGGAAGGACAACAAACAGACAAAGAAAUUGUGAUGGCCUCAGCAGAGAUACUUGAAUGCUGCAAAAAAUGGGCUUCACUUAAAUCGUGAAAGUGUGGUGUACUUGGGGGUGAGUGUUUUUUUGUCUCCACUGCGCUUGGCCACCACCAGCGAUGAGCCACUUCUCCACGGUCACUGGGACAAGAGAGGCUCUUUGGCGUCAACUAUGACAGUGAACAAAAUACUCACUACCCAUGAAGUGGCAGUCCCGUCUUCUGGCGGUUGUGGUAAUUAAUGGUUAUUGCGAAUCAUUCGUUUGUGUCUCUUCCCAUGGCUUUCUUUAACGUGACGGGUGACUGUUAUUUAAAGUUUCUAGAAUGCGUCUUGUUUUAUGCCUCCUGGUAUGCUACUGUAACUUGACACUCAAAACCCAAAGAGUAAUGUAGAAUGCUUGCAAAGCACUUACGUUGAAGAGCAUUGCUAACAUUAGCUCUGUGGCUGCCUUGUAGGGAAAUUGUAAAUAUCCUUUGUGCGUUUCAUUCAAUUGAACGAUCUCUGUAUGUAGCCCUCAGUUAAAUUUCUCCAUGACAAUUUCCAUGGGAAGUUAAGCCCAAAAAGCUUGCCAUAUACUGACCUGGGGGAUAUAAAACUUCCCUUAAUAUGUAUUAUUGUAAGAAUAAGCCAUUCCAUGUCACUCCCAAUUUCAGACCUUCACUGAUAUUAACUUCUGUAUAAUUGAUGACGUUGUAUGCCAGUAGAUGAUUCAAGAGCCGUAAGGCUCACAGGGCUAUACCUAAUAAAUGAACUUGAACUUGAACAUGAAGUGUCACCUGGCGUUCAGAUGCCGAGUGCGAUUUAGAUAUUGAUGGGCAGCAACUGUCAUCGCAAGAACCUUUGUUGGGUUUAACUCUUAAAACACUGGAGGAUAGAGUAAAUAGCCUGAACAAAAUGUCAUCGUUGAUCUUUUAGUAAAAAUAAACUUAACUGUAAAUCACACUGUACACAAUAUUAUAAGUUAACAUGGCAAAUUUUCCUUUCUCCAUGUCGAAUUGCAUGAGACUAAAAAUGAUUAUCUUAUUCAUUGUCUUACUCCUGAGGCCUAGAAACUGACACGGCCAAGGGGCACCUCUUCUGGGCAGAAAUAUAUCUGAAUAUAAUUUUCACAAGACUUCUGCUGUCGUCUGAGCAGCGGCAAUCGCGUUUUGGCAGUGUUGAUAUAGCUGUGGCACAUACAUUAUCAUUGACACAUCUGUAUGUUGAACUUCUUUCGCACCCUACAUGGCCAACCGUGCUAAACGGAGGUGCAUAUUUAUAUGCACAGCUGCACGCAUAUCGUUUGUGUUCUUUAUGAAUAUGUAUACGUUAUAUUUACAAGCGUACAUGCAGUACUGUAUAAGCGAAUGUUCCAUAUACAGUUUAACACGUAGGCUUUCGCGACCAAUAUCAUCCUUAAUAGAGGGUUUUUGGGUUAGAUCGCGUAAAUAUAUAAAUAUGUCUUUAAAUCCGCCACCACUCGACACAGACAAUUAGUAAGGUUUGUCACGUAAACAGAACAUGACAAUUCGUUACUAGUAUAGUUUUGAUGUGACUUCUCUGUUCACGAGGGUUCCGACACCGGUAACGAACACAGGUUUAGCCAAAGAUAUCCCACGAUGAGCUGAACACUGUCUAACGAACACCUAUUUCUUGUGGAAAUGUGACUUCGUGAAACAAAAGGAAGGAGCAGCAAUGAGCUCUUAUUUGUCUCCUGUGAUAGCGAAUUUGUACUUGGAAGAUUUUGAAACAAAAGCAAUAGCUUCAAGCACACCAAAACCCUCUGCUUGGUUUAAAUAUGUGGAUGACACAUUGGUGGUAUGGCCACAUGGCAAAGAUACACUAAACGAAUUUCUCAAUCAUCUCAACUCACAAAAACCAUCCAUCCAGUUCACCACGGAAGUGGAAGCUGACAGAACUCUACCAUUUCUGGAUAUUCUACUAUGGCGCGGUCGAAAUGGUAAAAUAACACACAGCGUUUACCGAAAUAAAAUGCACACUGACGCCUAUCUUACUGCAGUCACACCAUCACCCCGCACAGAAAUCCGCUCUCAUCAAGACGCUCGCUCUUGCAUCGGGCUAAGAAAGUGUCAGAUGGUGAUAGUCUGAGAAGUGAAAUUAAACAUGUUAAAGAAGCACCGCAAUUGAACGGUUACAAUGAUGUACAAAUCAACAGGGCAUUGAAUGCCAAAACAAAAUCAAAUAACACGAGCAACAAAACAUCUGAGUCAGAUUUGGCACGGUACAUAAAAUACAAAAUGUUUUAUCUGCUACAAAAUAUGUAUUACCAAAGCUAUCAACAGAAGGUGUGUAUCGGAUUAAUUGCACUUGUGGCAAAUGCUAUGUUGGGCAAACAAGACGAAUGAUCAGCACGAGACUAAAAGAAAACCAAAUAGAUAUUAAAAACUCUCAAAAUGCAACUGUCGGCGGUGGCAGAACACGCCAGCCUCAAUGGAUUUUGAUAAUGUUGAAGUUCUGUGCAAAACUAGUUACUACUGGCCAAGACUAAUUAGAAAAUCUAUAAAAAAAAUAAUUGUAACCGUUCAGAUAGCUACAGACUUAGUUCUGCUUGGAAUCGAAUCAUCAAAUAAUACAUUGUUUAAAUGCAUGCCUAUACAGGUCACCAUACUUAAAUAGAGGAUUACCGUUGGUACGACAAUUUUAGUACACGCAAUCGACAGGAGGUACAAGAACAAUGGGCUUCCAUAAUACGCACGCAUAAUGUACGCUGAUUACCAUAUAGAUAACACAAACGGCAAUGGAUACCCACAGUCAUUUAUAUGCGUUCAUUAACCCCCCCCCCCCCCACUUCGCGCAAGAAGGGUUCACAAGUGACGUCAUCGCAUCUACCUGAAGCUAGUUGUAAUUACUGGCGAAACGUCGUACACGGAUUGUAAAUGUUGUGGCUUUGCUCAACACACUGGUAUGCUGUACUAGUAACGAAUUGGCCACGUUCUGUUUACAUGACACUAAGCAUUACUAAUUGGCUGUGUCGUGUGGUGGCGGGUUUAACGACACAUUGACAUAUUUACGCGAUCUAACCCAAACAAAAUGUGUAUUAUGUUCCAUAUACAGUAUGCUGUAUGUACCUGGUAGACCUACAUACAAAGUCUGUAUGUAUAUGCUGUAUGUUAUAUAAACAGUUUAAUGGUUUGCAUGAAGACGGAUUGUUAUAAUUUUCGUGUAUGGGAUAGCAUAGCGCUGUGUUAUAAUUUGAUUAAGGAACUGCUGUUGUGAUUGCUGUACUGUCGUUUUGUGUGUAAACUACACCUGUUGAAUAAAGAUGCGUAAAAUAAA